UCAGGCUUGGCGUCAGCGGCGCGCGACGGUGCUGCUGCCGCGGCUGCUGCGGGCGCUGCGCUCGGGGUUGCGGGGUUACGGGGUUGCGAGCUCACUCGCGGCAUGUCGGUCAUCUUCGCCCCGGACUGGCUUCGCGGCAAGGCCAAGGUCAACCAGGAGACCAUCCAGCGGCUCCUGGAGGAGAACGACCAGCUGAUCCGCUGUAUCGUGGAGUACCAGAACAAGGGCCGGGCGAACGAGUGCGUCCAGUACCAGCAUGUCUUGCAUAGAAAUCUCAUUUAUUUAGCUACCAUCGCAGAUGCCAACACAAGCAGCCUUACAAAGGCAGUGGAAUAAUCAAUCUUCCAGGAAGCUGCUAUGAGGCGUGACUGAAUGGAGCCCAUCUCCUGUGAAAUAGAGACAGAAUUGUUAGUAACUGAGCAAGUUAGAAUGUGGGCAAAAGUCUGUGCUUCUUUCUAGACUGUGAAGAAAGUUGCUACUAAUUCUACUGUAUUCUUAGUGUAAAUAUUUUAAUAAUAAAGAUUAUUAUUUUGGUGGUCAGUUGA